AUGUCCGACCUUUCUCAAAAAUUCGAGAGAGAUGGUUUCGUGGAGAAUGUGUUCAACGAUCAGGAAAUUGAAGAAAUGAAAGGGGCGAUAGUAGAAAUUUUGGAUGAUAUGCAUCUGGCGGAGUACCCAAAAAUGUGUUUUCAACGUACGAUGAGAAAAAGUUCCUACAAAAUCCGAUUCUUUAUCGAGGAAGGUGCCGUUGACAAGAACGGAGAUCUCACGGUUCCAAAAGACAAGGCUCUUAACAAAAUUGGACUCUGUCUUCAUUUCCUUGACUCAACUUUCAAGAAGAUGACAUUCAACACCAAGAUUCAAAAAAUCUUCAAGGAAAUCGGAUACCAGGAGCCUGAAGUUGUUCAAAGUAUGUAUAUUUUCAAGAAGCCGAAGAUUGGAGGAGCAGUCACUGGCCACGCGGAUUCUACUUUUCUUCGAGUGGAUCCAAUUGAUCAUCUGACUGGGUGA